AUCCAAGCAAACGACCUACUUCUAAAGAAAUAAUUAUUGAAUUUGAGAAAUGGGUAAAGCUUGUAAAUGAUGAUUAUGACGAAGAAAAUUUUUGUAUUUUUUUUGAUGAAAUUAAUGGCAUUUUUAUUGAUAAAAGCGAAAACGAAAUUGAAAAGCAAUUUUUAGAAAGUGAUAAGAUCAAUGAAAAUUUACCAAUAAUCAAAGAAAAAUUUAACAAUAUAUAUACAAGUAAGCCAUAUAAUACGAUAAAUAUUAGUUCAGCUUUAUCAAAAUUGAGUGUUAGUAAAUCUGCUGGUAUAGAAAUUCCAGAUGAUAUUUGA